AUGCUUCAUAAUGGCAGUAAGGAGGACUCUGGUGGAAUGAUGCUCACUGAUCGCCCUACCCCAGGUUUCUGUGCUGGCUAUUCUCGGCGGCGUGCUCGGUCCUUCGAUGAAGAUCCAAUUGAAGUCCCCAACGUCGAGCGACUUUGGAGCCAGACGCCCAUCGAGGAGCACGCAGUAGCUGUCGAGGGCAUGCCCUCGGCCGGCGACUUUUUCAUCCGUCGUACAGCUUUGGCUGGCUGUCCGUCCCCUCCCGAGGCCCCCUUCAGACGGGACUUCAGCAAGGACCGUCAGUCGAGCCCAGGAGCAAGACUGAACGAUCCUGGUGCCACCUUCCGAGUAGCUAUACCAAGCAUUCCCCUAUCUCAAUUCGGGCCCCGGUGGCUGCGACUCCGCCCGGAGCUGUUCCAGCUUUCUCUCAUUGCCAACAAGUCGGAUGCUCUCAUCCUCCCAUUCUACUGGACACCUAGAGUUAUGCAAGGUUCCGACUCCGAUGCGUCGAUGCCAGCAUGGGCCUUCAAGCGGUCUAAGGCGAACGCACGCCGCAUCUACCAUCUGCAACCCCUCUGUCGCUGCCUUCUGGUGUUCUCACCAGGCGAGGGAGUCGCCCAGACGCCUCAUACCCACAUAUUGACCAAUCAGAAGGUCUUGAAGCACCCCCCAGCGAGCGUUAGACUGCAGAGAAUGCUCCUCGAGCGAGGAGGCCGAGAAUUCCCGGCACCGACUGUCUACAGUGGUCACGAGGUGAAACGACGUAGAAUCGGCCGGGCUUCGGACUACUCUAGACUUCACGAUGAGUUCCGUCGUUUCAAGAGGGUCGGCGAAGGGUCCUUUGCUGAGAUGCUCGCUAUGAUAAGCCAUUCCGCUGACCUCUUUGGCCCUGAGACAAGUGCCAUGGCCUCCCACAUAACGCGUUAUUUUGGAUGCUGGUUUGAAGAUGAUCAACUGCAUAUUCAAACAGAAUUGUGCGAGGAGUCCCUCACUGCUGAGAUUAAGCGGUCUGGUCGGUUGUCUUACGACAAGCUCACUGUGGUCCUUCGGGAUAUCAGUUCCGCUCUAAAAUUCUUGCAUGUGGACAUGCACGUAGCGCACAAGGACGUGAAGCCCGACAACGUUUUGAGGAUAACAACUAGCUGCUACCGCUCCAAGUAUAAAUUAUGCGACUUUGGACUGGCUACCUCCAUCCACGAGAACAGUGAGGCUUCUAGUGACCUUGGCAGUGGGGAUGCAAGAUACUUGCCGCGAGAGAUGCUCUCCUGCCAUGCAGAUCGGCCGCUAGGGAAUGAUAUGGUUAAGGUGGACAUCUUCUCCCUCGGUGCAUCAGCACUAGAGUGUGGUAUAGGCCACAGCCUGGCUCCAAAUGGUGACCAGUGGCAAGCUAUCCGUGAUGGGAAUUUACCCUUUGAAAAGAUGGACCAAUUACCGUCAAAGUUGACCGAGCUUAUCAAGGCCAUGCUGAGUCCGGCGCCCGAGGCCCGACCUGAUGCUGAAUCGAUUCUGGCAAAAUUGAACUCCCUAUAA